CUCCGCCCCUCUUUCCUUCCAUGCAGCCACGGAAGUUCGGAGCGGUGGACGGGCCCGCCAAAGGUGUAGCCAUGGCCGGUGUGCUCUCCUACGAGAGCUUGGUGCAUGCCGUGGCUGGAGCUGUGGGUAGCGUGACUGCAAUGACUGUUUUUUAUCCUCUGGAUACAGCUAGAUUAAGACUUCAAGUUGAUGAAAAACGCAAAUCUAAAAGAACGCACACAGUGCUGUUGGAGAUAAUAAAAGAAGAAGGCCUACUUGCACCAUAUCGAGGGUGGUUCCCUGUUAUCUCCAGCCUUUGUUGUUCCAACUUCGUUUAUUUCUAUACAUUUAACAGUUUAAAGACUCUGUGGGUCAAAGGUCAUCAUUCAACCACUGGAAAAGACUUGGUUCUUGGGGUGGUUGCAGGUAUAGUGAAUGUUUUGUUAACUACUCCCCUCUGGGUAGUGAACACCCGUCUGAAACUCCAGGGGGCAAAAUUUAGAAAUGAAGACAUUGUACCAACCAACUACAACGGCAUUAUAGAUGCCUUUAAUCAGAUAAUAAAAGACGAAGGAAUCCUGGCUUUGUGGAAUGGUACUUUUCCCUCUCUGCUGUUAGUGUUCAAUCCUGCAAUACAAUUCAUGUUCUAUGAAGGGCUUAAGCGGAACAUUUUGAAGACACAACUGCAGCUUUCCUCAUUGGAUGCAUUUGUCAUUGGAGCAAUAGCCAAAGCAAUUGCCACUACCCUCACUUACCCUCUGCAGACAGUACAGUCAAUUUUACGGUUUGGACGUCACCGACUGAAUCCUGAAAACAAAAGACUCGGUAGUCUUAAAAAUGUUCUCUAUCUUCUUCGACAGAGAAUAAAGCGCUUUGGAUUAGCAGGACUCUAUAAAGGGCUUGAAGCAAAGCUGCUCCAAACAGUCCUCACUGCUGCACUGAUGUUUCUAGUCUAUGAAAAACUUAUUGCUGCUACUUUCACAGUCAUGGGAUUAAAGCGUUCACUGAAGAACUGAAGUAUGGGCUUCUAGAGCACAUUAACUUUAGGAAAAGAAAAUUGCUUCUGAGGAACAAAGAAGGCACAAUCUGAGGAAUGGCUGCAUGCCAGAGAAGGUUUCAUCUCAAAGGCUACAAUAUUAUUUCCCCAUGUUCUUAUUCUAAAUGAAUGCUUCAGAAUGUGUCUGAAAUGAAGCCUGAAGUGUAUUCUGGAAGUAUCUGUUACCAGUCACAGUAGGAUUAUUUGAUCAUCUUGGAGUUUGGGAUUUAGGAAGUAAAAUGAAAAUGACCAUUAUACUGCUUCAAUGAGUUCGGUUUCUCUCUAUAUGGCAAUGUGGGUAUUUCUUGUUGCAUUUAUUUUUUCUUGCAUUUUAAAGUACCAUUCCAUCAAUCAUUUUCCAUUUGCUGUCAGAUUGUAUUUCAGGGAUUUGAUAUUGUGUAACCUUCUUCAUAAUUGGCCCAUUAAAAGACUUCACAGAGAA